GCCAUCUCCCUCGCACUCUCCCUCUCCCUCUCUCUCCAGCAGAGACAGGGGAAAUACAGUGCGUGAAGCCGGCGGCGACUGGACGGCGGCCGGCGGAGGUCGAUGGAUCGGUCCAAGGAGUGGUGGCAGAAGGCGGUGGUGGUGCCGGUGAGGCGCGCGUGGGUCGUCGUCGCCGCGCGCCUGCGUCGCAAGAAACAGCAUGAUGGCCGGGGCGGCGCGCUGGUGAAGCUCCACGACGACGUGCAGACGUGCGCGUACGAGGACGUGCAGGUCAUGUGGGAGAUGCUGCAGCGCUCCGAGACGGGGAAGAUGAUGGCCGGGGCGCCGCCGCCCAAGGGCUCCGCGCUCGUCUGGCUCGGCCCCCGCCGCCGCCACCACUCCAUCGACCUCCGCCCCCGGUGCUGAGCGCCGGCCGCCGCAGCCUGUGUCAUCGUCAGAUAAUGGAGAGAGUCAAGAGUCAGAGUCGCCCUGCUAUAUGCAUAUAGCUCCUUUGUCUCCUGCUUGAUGUAAAUAUUUUGCAGUUAGUUUCGGUCAAGAGAUACCAGUCUCUUUUUAUGCCUUCUGCGUCA